UAGUAUUGGUUAGCAACAACUCCUCCUCCCCCAAAAACAAUUUCUUAAAAAAAGUUCCAAUUUUAUUAAUUAAGUUGACAAUUUUGUUAUUAAAAACUGCUUAAUUAAUUCAAACCAACCAACCAAAUCCUCUACUUCACUAUGUAUAUAAUGCUGAGUUCUUUCCCAUUUCAUCACAAGCAAUUUUGAGUCUUCCCCAGUAUUCAGGAUUUGAGUUCUCAUCAUAAAAAAUCUUUUAGUUUUCUUUUAUUAAUUCUGACUAAGAAAAAAUGUCAACGACAAUUGAAAUCCCUGCUGAAUCAAGUGCUGUUGCUAAGGGCAAAGCACCUCUCAUUGGAGCUUCCUCUAGCAGCUAUGAAAAGAAAGGAGGAUACAAGAAGGGGAUUGCCAUUUUUGACUUCAUUUUGAGGCUUGGUGCUGUAAUUUCUGCCCUUUCUGCUGCUGCUACAAUGGGAACCAGUGAUGAAACUCUUCCUUUCUUCACACAGUUCUUUCAGUUUGAAGCUGGCUAUGAUGAUUUCCCCACAUUCCAGUUCUUUGUCAUUGCCAUGGGAUUCGUCGGAGGCUACUUAGUCCUUUCCCUUCCCUUUUCAGUCGUGGCCAUUAUUCGCCCACAUGCUGUUGGAAUUAGACUCCUCCUCCUUAUUUUGGACACUGUGGCACUAACUCUAAACACUGCUGCUGCUGCCGCGGCCGCCGCCAUUGUCUACUUAGCACACAAUGGCAACCAAAGUGCAAACUGGCUUGCUGUGUGCCAACAGUUUGGUGAUUUCUGCCAGAAAGUUAGUGGGGGAGUAGUGGCAUCAUUUGUUUCAGUUCUUGUCUUCUUGUUGUUAGUUGUGAUGUCUGCUGUGGCUCUUCGAAAGCACUAAGAAGAAUCAGAAACUAAUCCCAAGCAUGUUUGGUUUCUUGUUGUUUGCUUUGAUUAAAAAGUUUAUUAUUGUGAUGUAAUUCACUACUAUCAUUAUUUGGAAGAAAAUUGAAAUGAAAAUAUUUUGUGUCA